AUGUUUUUAACAUUCGUCUGCCUUUUUGGUAUUGGUGAAAAACAGGAUCCAGUUGCUCCAAUUCUUGGUAACUGGCAAAUUACUGGUUCAGUAGAAGGAACAGAUAAUUCUGAAAUUGCUAAUUUUACAUUAGGAAUUUCAAAGACACCAGAAAAUCCACACAUUUCAACAGAAAUUCACGGAGCUGAUGAAGAUGGCGUUGUUGUUCCACUUGCUAAAGUUGAAAUCGAUUGUGAAGGUGUUAUCGCUAAUGUUAAAGUUGAGUCCAAUUCAGCCACAUUAGAAUUCGCUAUUGACUGCUCCAAGAAAUCAGAUGUUGGCACAACAGAAAAUUAUCAGUAUUCUUACAUUAACUAUGGCACAACAAUCCUUCUUACACUUUAUGAUACAACAACACGCAAAAUUACAUCAUACAGAUUACAGAAACCACAGCCACAACAAUCAGCAUUGACUAGUAUGAUGCCAAUGCUUAUGAUGUUUGCUAUGCAGUUCUUCAUGAGGAGACCGCAGGCACAGCAGGGUAAUGGUGAAGCUAAUCAGUAA